GUCACAGUACCUCCUCGAUAGCAUUUCAGUUCACACUCGAAUUAAAAAGCCCCAAAUUAAUUUUAACUCCCAAAAGUUCAAGCGGAAUGUUUCAUUGCAUAAAUGGCAUGUGCCUGGUGACGCGUUCCUGGACUCGCGGUGCGCAGCGGCACUUGUCCGUGGGCACACUGCGCUGGAAUGAAUCCAAAUCCCAAAAGGAUGCUCAGUCGAGUGAGGUGCUGCCACAGGAAGAGACCGUCACAACAAAAGAAGCGUCAGCCAUCGUGGUUGCAGGGAAGUCCGAAGAUGGCAGCUCCAGCGACAACAGCCAGGCGCAACAAUCGGAGAACGCAUACAAGAUGAACCGCCGCGAAGCCUUCAGGCGGAUGAUGAAGGAGAAGAGCAACGUAGACUGCAACGAACAGAAGCCUGUCGAAGAGAAGAAUUCAUCUGAUUAUGGCCAAUUGCCUCUGCGGCGUCAAGCUGUAGCUGGUGUCCCGCAGCCUACCUACCGUGGGCCCCAAGUCAAGAAGAUGGACGAAAAGAAGACCAGCAAAGCGGACGACGCCCCCAAAGUUGAUCAGGAGGAGAAAGUGAAACUAAACCGCCAUUACUAUUUGAGACAGAUGUGCAUGGAGAAGCUGCAGCACCUGCAGCAGAAGCAGCCGGUGGACGACAGCCAAAAGCAAUCACUGAUAAAAAUCAAAAAGGAGUCGCUGGAUCCUGCACGAUUGGAACGUCUGAAUCUGAAGUGGAAAGAGCAGCAGCAGGAGAUUGCAAAGCGAAUGAAGGAUGCAGACAAGAAGAAGUUCGUCUCCCGCUUUGAGCAGAACUCGGGGCGGAAGGACAAGAUAAAAUAAUCCAUCAUACACCAUAGCUCUCUCUCUCUCUCUGUCUCUCUCCAACACCCCCUGUACACUCACACACGCACACACAUUUUACAAUCAUUAGCAAGUA